UCUGCAAUACACUAUGUCCAAAGAACAGACUAAAGCGCUCACGCCAGAAAAAGUGGGACGUCCAGAACUGGACGAAGUGGAGGGGAUUCUGCUCUCCCAGGCCACCUGUAAUGAAUGGCAGCGGAUCCAGAGUUUCCAAGCCAGGCCCGACGAUCUGCUCAUCUGUACCUAUCCCAAAGCAGGCACAACGUGGAUCCAGGAGAUAGUAGACAUGAUCCAGCAGGACGGGGACUUGGAGAAGUGCAAGCGUGCCCCCAUCCACCACCGGCACCCCUUCAUCGAGUGGGCUCGUCCGCCCCAACCCUCAGGUGUGGAACAGGCUGAAGCCAUGCCCUCGCCACGGACCCUGAAAACCCACCUCCCCGUCAAACUGCUGCCUCCAUCCUUCUGGGAACAGCCGUGUAAGUUCCUGUACGUGGCUCGUAAUGCCAAGGACUGCAUGGUCUCCUACUACCAUUUCCAGAGAAUGAGCAAGGUGGUGCCUGACCCGGGCCCCUGGCACGAGUAUUUUGAGAUGUUCAUGGCAGGCAAAGUGGGCUGGGGUCCGUGGCAUGACCACGUGAAGGGCUGGUGGAAGGUAAAGGACAUGCACUGCGUGCUCUUCCUCUUCUACGAGGACAUGAAGAAGGACCUGAAGAGUGAGAUCCAGAAGGUGGCCCAGUUCCUGGGGAAGAACCUGGACCAGGAGCUUCUGGAGAAGAUCGUCUAUCACACGACAUUCGACGUCAUGAAGGACAAUCCCCUGGCUAACCGCUCCGGCAUCCCCGUGACCAUCAUGGACCAGUCCAUCUCCCCGUUCAUGCGCAAAGGGACUGUUGGAGACUGGAAGAACCACUUCACUGUGGCACAGAAUGAGCGCUUUGACGACGACUAUGAGGAGAAGAUGGCUGGGACCAAUCUGACCUUCUGCAUGGAGCUCUGAGGACCCGGCCUCUGAGCCUGGCAGGAUCCACCCAGCCUGCCACAGCCACCCCUGUAGGCCCCUGAAUCUCUACCAGUCUUUUCCAAGGGGACAGACCUUCUGCCAUGGACCACUCCCAGGCUCAGCCAAACCCCAGGGCUUUUCUGUGGGGCAGCGGUGUGGGUUCUUCCACUGUAUAACCCUGCCCUCUCUGUCCCAUUUUCUCAUCUUCUUCCCUCCUCCUGACCCACCAUGGCCCGUCUUUACAACUGGCUGGAAAAUGGGAGCUAUUUCCUCCCAUGGAAAAUACUUUUUUUUUUUUUGGCAAAAGCCUGAAUUCCACCAAAUUUUAAUUUAGAAAUGCUUCCUUAUGGGAGUUGUUGUUUGGGUGCUUCAUGCUCCCAUUCUCCUAUAUGCAACAGACUUCCUGGCUGGACUACGUCUCCCAUGACAGACCAUAGUCCUCCCCUCUUCUUGAGUGCAUCCUGGGACUCUGGGCCAUGGUGCAUCAUGGGAUAUGUAGUCUGGUUAGGUAGCCUGAGAGUCCAGAUUCCUGGGUUCUAUCCCUAGGUCUGGGAGGGGAGUGGGGUCUAGUGAGUUAGUGUAGUGGGCUGGGAGUCAGGACACCUUGGGUCUAGCCUCAGCUCUUCCACCAACUCACUGUUUGACCUUAGAUAAGCCACUUUCCCUGUGAUCCCCAUUGGAAAGAGGGGAAAUUAAAUCACUAUACUCUCUAUUGCAUGUCUCUAAAGCUAGAUGAUGUGUGCAAGGGGGCAUGCAGGAUCACACGCCGCUGCCCCCCACCUCCCCUGAUUUGCUGCUUGGCUUGUACUGAGCAUGCUCAGUAACGCUGCUGAAGCCAGCUAUAAUCACUCACCCACUGUUGCUCCCAUCAUCUCUGCUCUAAAUCCCCUUUUAGGUAAUCACAGUUGCCGGGGUCGAAGGAGUAACAUAAAUGUACUUCUCAGUUAAUUCCUGAAACAACUAUUACUUCCCCUGUGGGUUCUGACGCAGCUGGGCUGGGGAAACGGGGCCUGAUUUCUCCUCACCACUGAACCGUGCAGAACAAAGUGAUUGCUUUUUUUAAAACUGUCGCUUGCCCUUUCAUUAACCUCAGUUGACUGUAAUGGACCAGGAGCUGGGAAUGCAGUUAAGGGUGAUCUGCUUUCUUAGGGUACAGAAAGAGAACUCUGUCAUUGGGGUUUCUAACCCUACAGCCAGCUGACAUCUUUUAGAAACCUCUUUUAGAAUUGAUAAAGCAUUUUUUUAUCUCCAGAAUUCUUUUUGAUGAUCAGGUGUUGAGAUUAAUUUGUUGAUUUGACUUUGAUUUGGCAGUUGUAAUUAACGCUGUCCGUCCCCCCCCCCUCCCC